AUGGGAAAACAUCUGGGGGUCCUGGGGAAGGAGCUGGGGUACCAUGGGGAAGACUCCCGGGACCCCAGACAGCAGCUGAUUACUAACUGGGGUGAAGGUUCCCAUUAUUUCACAACCUGCACUUCCGUCUGGCUCACCUGCUGUGUCACAUUUGCACUCCCCAUGACCUGGGGUCACCACUCGGGGUGUGCUGUCACCAGGUGUCAUCGCCUCCAGCCUAGGGGGCAAGGGGACACAAAUACGGAGAAGGGGGCGGGGCGUGGAGGGGAGAGGGGCCUCCUCCAGGCUGUGGCCUGGUCUGACCCCAUCUUCCUGUCCCCAGAUGUCAAUGAAUACAGCUCUGGGCAGAACUCAUUUCACAACUCCACUGUCUGUGUCAACACCGCGGGCUCAUACAGGUGCCGCUGCCGCCCAGGGUGGACACCCCUACUGGGGCUCCGGGACAACCAACGCACCACCGUGUGCGAAGAGGUGACCUUCCCCACCUGGGCUCCGUCCCUGGAAUCCAGAGCCAGCUUGGCUCCAUUUGGAGCAGCCACAUUUCCAGUGCCCGACGGCCACGUGGCUCGUGGCGACUGUUCUGGGCGGAGGGGCAGGAGGCCCGUCCUGAGGGACUUCGAGCGCCGUGGCUGUGACACACGCACAGGACACAGGCUGCCUCCUCACUGGUCUUCUGGCUCCUGCGGGGUCUUGAUGAUGCCCGCGUGUGUUCCCCAGGCCCCAGGGUCAUUCAGGGGGCCCCUGUGGUGCGAUGACCCAGGGGCUGUCACCCACCACCCCCAGGACCUCAUCCAGUCAGUGGACGAGCUGCUGAAAGCCCCCGGGGACCUGGAGACCCUGGCCCUGCCUGACCGGCACCACACGGUCACCCACCUGCUCUCGGGCCUGGAAGAAGUCCUGAGGACCCUCGCCAAGGCCGUGCCUGGAGGCUCCUUCACCUACCAGUCUCCUGCAGGCACAGAGCUGUCCCUGGUGAUCCAGGAGCAGGGGCACGGGAACGUCACCCUGGGCCAGAGCCACGCACGGAUGCUCCUGGACUGGGCCGUGGCGGCCGUGGCUGCGGGGUCGGGCCCCACCGUGGCAGGCAUCCUCUCCAACCCCAACAUGCAGAAACUGCUGGCCAACGCCUCCCUGGAGCUGGACCCCGAGAGGCAAGCCGAGCUGGAGGAGACCCACGAAAGCCCCCUCUAUGGCAUCCAGUUGAGUCUCCUUUCGACCGUCAACUCGGUCUUUCUGAGCAACACGAACACGACGAAACUCGACCCCAAGGUCACCUUCGCCUUCUCCCACCCUCCAGAGAAGCCCGGGACACGGCAGGAGCUGAUCUGUGCCUUCUGGAAGGGAGCUGAUGACGGGGGCGGGCACUGGGCCACCACAGGGUGCCGGACGCUGGGCAGCUGGAACGGCAACACCACCUGCCUGGGCUUCUUGCCAGGCAGCAUUGCUAUCCUGGUGAACCCCGAGGAUGUGGAGGUGAGGACCCUGAGAGGGGCUGUGUUCAAUGAGGAGGAUCCCAUGCUGGAUGUGAUCACCCACGUGGGGCUGAGCCUCUCUCUGCUGUGCCUCCUCCUGGCGGCCCUCACCUUCCUGCUGUGCAGAGCCAUCCAGAACACCAGCACCUCGCUCCACCUGCAGCUCUCACUCUGCCUCUUCCUGGCCCACCUCCUCUUCCUCACGGCCAUUGACCGAACGGAGAUCACGGUACUGACCCUGUCCCAGUGGACCCUCCAGCCUGCCCCAAGGGGGUGCUGA